AUGAUUGAUCAACAUCGUCAUCAUCAUCGGCCUGACAGUUCAACAACAGAUAGAUACAGAACAUCAACAUCAUCAUACCACCAAAAUAUGAUGGACAUGAUUGAAGAAUUGGUAAAUGAAUAUUUACCAACCAUCAUAGUGGUUGCAAUCAUUGUUUGUACCUACUUGUAUAUGAAUAGACCACCACCUCCACCACCAAAGAGAGCAGUAGUCACCAAACCAGUCAAAAAACCAGAAGUACAAUCAUUUAAAUCAAAAGAGAAAUCAUUAAAAAUCUUUUUUGGAACACAAACUAGAACUGCAGAAGAUUUUUCACGUGUUUUGGAAAAGGAAGCCAAAAAGAUUGGUAUUCCAGUUGAUGUUGUCGAUAUGGAGUUGUACGAUCCAGAGGAUCUAUCAAGCGAAUACUUUGUCAUGUUUAUUGUGGCUACUCAUGGUGAGGGUGACCCUACCGACAAUGCCAAGGAGUUUUAUUUGUGGUUGACAAGCGAAGACCGUCAACCAGCCAGUUUGAGCAACGUGCCAUUCACCGUCUUUGGCUUGGGCAACAAGACCUACGAACACUACAAUGCAGUGGCACGUGUGAUUGACCGUCGCAUGGAAGAGUUGGGUGGAAAGAGAGUGUCGGAGCGUGGAGAAGGUGACGACGACGCCACCUUGGAGGAGGAUUUCAUCCACUGGAAGAAAAACAUGUGGCCAAGCGUAUGCGAAUUUUUGGGCUACGAACUCAAGUCUGCCGAGGACGACAAGUUUGUACCACGUUUCCGUAUGGUCAACGUCGACGGCGAAGGACAGGAUAUUAGCAACCCAUACAUCAAAGUGGUGCCACCUCGCAUCAAACCAAAGCUCGACAAGGACGGCAAGACCGUCUUGUACGAGAUGAAGAACCCAUACCUCGCCACCGUCGUUGAGAAUCGUGAGUUGCACGGUGUUGCAUCGGACCGUUCGUGUAGACAUGUCGAGCUUGACAUUUCCGGUACCUCACUCUCUUACACACCCGGUGAUCAUCUCGGUGUGUUCCCAGUCAACGACACGGAGCUUGUAGAAGCACUCAUCACACGUCUUGGCGUUGAUGGCGAGCAGAUCUUUGCCCUCGUGCCACACGACAAGGCUGGUCGUGUCGUUGAGGCCUCGUUUGGCCCCGUCACCAUCCGAAAGGCUCUCCAUGAGAGUUUUGACAUUACCAACCCACCCCGAAAGGCAAUCAUCCGUGCCUUGGCCGAAUACACUGCCGUUGAAGAGGAAAAGAAGCGUCUGCUUCAACUCGCCAGCGAGGAAGCAACCGACGAGUACAACAACUACAUCAAGCACGAGUUUAGAUCAGUCGUCGAUCUCCUUGUCCAGUUCCCAGGCGUCCAACCACCCAUUGCUCACUUUUUCGAGUUAAUGCCACGUAUCCCCGCACGUUACUAUUCCAUCUCUUCGUCGCACUCGGCCACUCCUGGUCGUGUCACUAUCACCUCUGUCGUUGUCAACUUUGUCAACGGUGCCAAACGUUUACACAAUGGAGUAUGCUCAACAUGGCUCUCCAAGCUCGCUCCAGGUUCCAAAGUACCAAUCUUUGUUCGUGAAUCACAUUUUAGAUUACCACCAUAUUUUGGUGGCAGUAAAAAGACUACUACAACUACCACUACCACAACUACUACAACUACAACAACCAUUUCAACCAAUACAGUUAUUAGUAGUCAAUUAAAAUCAUCUUCAUCACUUACAAAGUGUCCACCAAUUAUUAUGAUUGGACCAGGAACUGGUUUAGCUCCAUUUAGAGGAUUCCUUCAAGAAAUCAAGUUUAAACUCCAACAACAAAAGAGUGUAGAGAUUGCAGAAGCUGCCGAUCAACCAGCACUCAACACCAAGGUAUACUUUGGAUGUCGUCGUGCCGAUGUCGAUUAUCUCUACAAGGAGGAAAUAGAACUUUACAAGAGCGAAGGUAUCAUUAGAGAUUUAAGUGUUGCCUACUCUAGAGCCAUCGACAAAAAGGUCUAUGUCCAACACAAGCUCUUGGAAGACAGUCUAUCGAUUUGGGAGGCUCUACAACAAGGUGCUUACAUCUAUGUUUGUGGUGAUGCUCGUAAUAUGGCCAAGAGUGUUCAACAAACUCUUCAACAAAUUAUUCGUGAACAUGGUGGUGGUGAUGAAAAUGCUUCACAAUCUUAUAUUGAUGAUCUUGGUAAAUCUGGUCGUUAUUUACAAGAUGUUUGGUUCUAG